UCGAACCUCUGAUGGACGAUAUAUUUCUGUUAGCAUUUCUCAGGCACAAGAAGUACGACGUUAAAAACGCAUUUAAAAUCCUAUGCAACUUCUAUGCGAUGAAGAAAAAGUAUUUCAGAAUACUCACGGAUUUCAAGCCUUCAGAAUUGAAUUAUGUCCUGGAGAAAAAUCAGUUGACAGUACAACCAUUUAGAUGUCCUGAUGGCUGCAGCAUUGGAAUUUGGAGAAUAGGUCAUCAUAACUUCGAGACUACUACACUGGAAGAUUUGACAGCCACACUUAUGACGAUGGGUUUAAUGUUAAUUCGCAUAGAAGCUUCUCAAGUAUGUGGUUUAGUUAUGAUUUGGGACUGGAAAAGCCUAUCUUUUCAGGAGUUCAACAAAAUUUCUCUUCAUCGUGCAGCCCACUAUGCAUAUGAUAUUCUG